AUCCAGGCUCCCACUAGCAUAUUGGGCAGUUGGCGCCUCGCCCAGGCUGGACCUGGAGGAGACAGGAGUAGGGGACCUCUUUGCCGGACCUCUGUCCCCUCCUGAGCCUUCUCCACGCUCUCAGGACCCCCACUCCCCAGCGCCACCUGGACCCUCGAUUAUCGCCGUUCAGCCCGUGAUGUGCUUCCCAGGAUCCCAGAUCUCUCCUGCCCGUCUCUACUACCUUGUGUCGGCUCCCUGGAUCUGCACCGGGUCCCUGACCUCCUCCAGACUUCCACGGCGGCGGGAGUCAGGGCCUCUUCGCGUGCCUCCGCGGUCCGUCCAAGCUGAACGCAUCUUGAGGCUGCCGGCUUUCGGUCUCCCGUUGCUGGCGCUUCUGUUGGUUCCGCUGCUGCCGGUGCGCGCUCAGAAUCCCGAUGCGAAGGUCGUGAGCAUGGGCGUGGAAUGGCUGACUCGCUAUGGCUACCUGCCACCGGCGGAUCCUGUCCACGCCCAGAUGCAGAGUCUUGAGAAACUGCAGGAUGCAAUCAAAGUCAUGCAGAGAUUUGCCGGACUACCUGAGACUGGACAAAUGGACCCAAUGACAAUAAAGACCAUGCGCAAGCCCCGGUGCUCCCUGCCUGAUGUCCUGGGCGCAGCUGGGCUGGUCAGACGCCGACGUCGCUAUUCUCUGAGUGGCAGUGUUUGGAAGAAACGCACCCUGACAUGGAGUAUCCGGUCCUUCUCUCAGAAAUCCCAGUUGAGCCCGCAGAUUGUUCGGACCCUCCUGAGCUAUGCCCUGGCUGUCUGGGCUACUGAAUCAGGCCUUACAUUCCAGGAGGUGAAUUCUCAGUACCAGGAGCCUGACAUCAUUAUCCACUUUGCUCGGGCCUACCACCAGGACAGUUACCCCUUUGACGGGUCUGGUGGCACGUUGGCUCACGCCUUCUUCCCUGGGGAGCACCCUAUCUCUGGAGACACGCACUUUGAUGAUGAAGAGACCUGGACUUUUGGGUCAACAGAUGAUAACGGAAUUGACCUAUUUGCAGUAGCAGUUCAUGAAUUUGGCCAUGCCCUAGGCCUUGGCCACUCUUCUGCACCCAACUCCAUUAUGCGGCCCUUCUACCAGGGCCCGGUGGGUGACCCUGCCACAUACCGUUUGCCCCAGGAUGACCGUGACGGACUGCAGCAGCUCUAUGGGAGAGUGUCCCAAAAUCCAAAUGCCAGGCCCACAAGGAAACCCCUGGUUCCGCCUCCCCAGCCUCCAGCCAUGCCCCCUGACAGCCCCGCCACACCUGUGCCUGACCGCUGUGAGGGCAACUUUGAUGCCGUUGCCAACAUUCGAGGGGAAAUUUUCCUCUUCAAAGGCCCAUGGUUUUGGCGCCUCCAACCCUCAGGACAGCUGGUAUCACCCCGCCCUGCUGGGUUGCACCGCUUUUGGGAGGGGCUGCCAACCCAUGUGAAAGUCAUCCAGGCUGCCUAUGCCCGACCCCUAGAUGGCCGAAUCAUCCUCUUCAGCGGCCCGCAGUUCUGGGUGUUCCAGGAACGACAGCUUGAGGGUGCAGCGCGGCCACUGGUAGAGUUUGGGCUGCCCCCAGGAGAAGACGUGGAUGCUGUGUUCUCAUGGCCUCACAAUGGCAAGACAUACCUGAUCCGAGGUCAAAAGUACUGGCGGUAUGACGAGGUGGCCGCCCGCCCAGACCCUGGCUACCCACGUGCCUUGAGUCUCUGGGAUGGGGCGCCCUUUGCCCCAGACGAUGUCACCAUCAGCAACACAGGUGACACUUACUUUUUCAAGGGCACCCAUUUCUGGCGCUUUGCGGAGGGCAGUGUCAAAGCUGAGUCAGAUUCCCCCCAGCCCAUUGGGCCCAAGUGGCUGGACUGCCCUGCCCCCAACUCUGACCCUCGAGUCACCAGUCCCCCGAAAACGACAUCCAAAACCCGAAGCUGUGAUUGUCACUGCGAGCUCAAUCAAGCCUCAGAGCAGCUGUCGCCCCUCCUGCUGCCUCUCCUACCCCUAGUGGCUGGAGAGGUCUUUUCUUACUGAAACCUGGUCCUUCCUUGUGGACUUCCUAUAUAAAAGGAAGACGGAGUCUCCCGCAGCGGGGCCUCACCAUCUGUGCUCCGCGUCCCUCAUCCCACGUGCACAGAGCUGAGAGAUUCCUAGUAGAAGCCCGGGGACGCCUCCAGUGUUACUGAGUCUGCUUUCUGUUAGGGUGCAGGGAGCCGUGGCCAUAGUGAGGGUGGCCGCCAGGGGGUGGUGUGCACCCUCUCCAUCGCCAAGAGGGGCGUGCCUGCUGUAGCUACUAGAACUAGAAACCCAGCAGAAUUGCAGCUCCUCAAACCAGAAUUGCUCCUCCAAACCAAGGUGACACUAACACCCAGGUUAUGUGCUGCCUUCUGCUGAGCUAACUGGCUUUCUGGGAAUCCCCACUCCUCUAAUUCUCAACUAGUCCUACUGAUCACAGUGGGAUGGUGACUGUACUCUGACUAGAUGCGUUAAACAGGACCAGGACAUUGAACCCCAGCAUCUCCUUUAGCCUCUGAAUGUUCCUGAAUCUUCUUACCAUGAUCUACUCCCUCCAUGUCCCUUCAUAAUCACUGCCACAGGGUAGGGACUUAGGCCAAGCACUGCCACCUCCUCUAGGGUGUGCGUCAAGUCUUGGCUGACAACAGUGUUGAUGUGGAUGGAAUUUCUCCAUGUUUGGCCCUGCUUAUCUCCUUUUACGUCACCCUCAUCCCAGAACACAGCCUAGGGUCAUCACCCUGAACUCAGGAUUGCCCCAUUCAUUUGGAAGGGAUCUUAUGAUUCCUGUCUUUGUCACUGAUUGCUGUCCUAGCCCCCCCCCCCCCAGGGUGCCCAAUGAGACACAGUGAGCAGUGAAAAAAAAACCUGAGGUAGCUUCCUUCAAACCAACUUCCUCAUAGAUUCAGGACCUAGAUCAUUGCUUCUGUGCAGAACCUCAUGGGAUUUUUUUUUUUUCCCAAGACAGGGUUUCUCUGUAUAGCCCUGGCUGUCCUGAAACUCACACUGUAGACCAGGCUGGCCUCGAACUCAGAGAUAUGGGGCCUCUUCCUACUGAGUGCUGGGAUUAAAGAUGUGCACCGCCACUAUCCAGCAUCUCAUGGGUAUUCAAGAAUAAAGAUCAUUUUCCCUUGCCCUGAAUCCGCAUUCUGGGGAGGGGGCCAAGAAUCUAUAUUUAGGAAUGAAUGCAUAGACAGCUUGAGUAGUUUACUUAGUAAGGCAAAAGAACCAAGUUUAGGAUGGAGAGAUGGCUCAGUGGUUAAGGGUACUGGCUGCUCUUCCAGAGGUUCAGAGUUCAAUUCCCGGCAACCACUUGGUGGCUCACAACCAUCUGUAAUGGGAUCCAAUGCCCUCUUUAAUGUGUCUGAAGACAGAGCUACAGUCUCAUAUACAUAAACUAAAUACAUCCUUAAAAAAAAAAGAACAAGAUAGCAAAGCACUCUGAAGAGAGGUUAAGUAGGCUCCCCAAGGUGGGGGAGAGGCCUAACGGAAGACUGACUACCCCAAGGUGUGUGGGUGGGUGGGUGGGGGGAGGCCUAACGGACCGCUUCCAAUGAGGGGUUUUAUGAAUAUGAGGUAGGUGGAAUAUUUAUUGGGCAAUGCGCCCUUAUUUUCAUCUCAAACUAUGGUGGACCAGAUCUUUCAUUGUUAGGUCCACAAAAGGGAAGGAAUGAAAAAGCAUUAGGAACUUUUGUGACAUAUAUGAUAUUUCAAUAUUAUAUAUAUAUCAAAAUAUAAUAUUGAAAUAUGUAUUCAGCAUAUAUUGAAUGGUCAAUAUUAUAUAUAUUGAAGGUAUGUAGGCUGAAUGUCCUUGUGGUUUAGUUUCUUGUAUUGUGGAGACAAUGUAACUGCAGCUUCAAGGAAGCACAGGUGCCAGGGGUACUCUGACAACCAGGGGACAGCCACCAAGAUGCAGCUGUCCUCACCUCUCUAGUUCCUUGGCUACUGGAUGGUCUCUGCUGGAACCUCAAGGAUUUCUGAGAAGCCAUUUUACCCACCACUGAGUCUGUUACGGAGUUAGGAGAGUGUGCGAAAGGUGUGUGAGUCCCUCAGCCCUCAUCGGUUCGGAUCAGAGCCUUAGACUGAGACCAUAGUUACUGGCUUUUCUGUAGAGCUGCAUGCUUCUGAGUCCGUCAGCUUUUCUGUUUCAUAUCCAAUUACAAACUCUAUUAUUUUUCGCCUUCAGUGUUUUGUUGAAGACCAGGAUGGUCUCAUACAGAGAUAAUCUGGCCUCUGCCUCUGGAGUGCUGGGAUUAAAGGUCUGUGCCACCACAA